GAGAAGAAGGAAGAUAUCGCUUUACUGAAUCAUCAAUCUGGUUGCUGAAUCAUUAUCAGUAUGAACAAAAUACCUGGAAAGCAGCCUGGUACAACAGUUUAUGUGUACAAUGAUUACACUUAUAACAAAGAUUCUCGCAAUAAUCAUAUUUUGCGAUGCAGUACUCGUCGUUCUUCAAGAUGUCCUGGUACUAUAAUCAUUGAUAAGAAUGGUGAAAUACAUUUAAAUCAAGAACAUAACCAUACUAACAAUAAGACGCAAUGGAAAAUACAACAGUCUGCUAUGAUAUUAGAAAUGUUACAACUUUGCCGGGAGACAACUUUGCCUCUAAAAGAAAUAUUUGAUAGUAUCUGUAGAAAAUAUCCUGAAGAAGCCAUAACAUUGUCCUAUGCUACACUAAGGUGUACAUUGUAUCGUGAAAGAAUUAAACUUCGCCCAAGUUUACCAAAAGACAUGAAGACUCUUGCUGUGAGCUUAUCAACAUAUGUAUCUCUUGAAGGAUUUUAUAAAGGCAGUGUAACUUCUAAUGAUGGAAAAAUAGCAUUAAUAUUUACAACUGAUACACUCUUACAUGAAUUAGGAAAGUCAACGGAACUUUAUGUAGAUGGAACAUUUAAUAUUAUUCCAUAUGUGCCACAAAUGAGUCAAAUGUACACUAUUCAUAAUCGGCAUAUAAACGUAGGUGUUGCUAUGAUUUUUGUUCUAUGUGAAUGUCGCUCUAGUGAUAUGUAUAAAGCUAUAUGGAAAAAAAUUGUAGAAUUGGUACCAACACUUGAAAAAAAUGUGAAAUUUUUAAUGAGCGAUUAUGAGCCAGCUGCCAUGAAGGUAAUGAGUAAACAAUUUCCAACAGCAAAUGCACAUGGAUGCUGGUUUCACUUUAAUCAGGCACUUUCGCGUUACUGGAGACGAUUAGGAUUAACAGAUACACCAAGAAAUGUUCUGUCCAUGACUAUGACGAUGGCAUUGCUUCCUUCUGACUGCUUUCAAGAAGCAUUUUCUUUAAUACAACUGGAAGCUAAUCAGAUUUCCAAUAAAUAUCCUGCUAUUUGUGACUUUUUAAAUUAUGUUCGCAAAACUUGGCUACCAUUAGCGUCAAAAGUUAGUGUUUAUGAUUGUCCGGUGAGAACAAAUAAUAUAACAGAGAGUUUUCAUAAUAUAGUAGGAAAAAGAUUCAGAAAAGGAAAUAUUUGGAAUUUCUUAGAUAAUUUACAAAAAAUAAUUGUUGAUGAAGAAAUAAAACUAAAACGUCUACAGGCAGGCGAGAAUAUUGGAUAUCGUACUAUUAAAAAUAAAAGGCGAGAUCUGAAAAUACGAGAAGCUCAAGAAAAUUUUGCAAAUGGCAGGUUUGUAAUAAAAUUGUGUCAAAGUCCUCUAAUGUAA